AUGAAAAUUCUCCGCGGUGUUUGGUUCCGAGAUAACGCUGGAACACUGGAGCCACUGGAUGAUAACGUGAUUAUUGACCGACUGGAAUCUCAGUAUCUUGAACUGACUUCAUCUGGUGCAGGAUCCCUAGAUGAUUCGAAUUUUCAAAAGGCUGGUGAACCAGAAGGACGAAAAUACACCCCUAAGCCUCGAAAUCUGCAUUAUACUGCAAGUGCACCUGUACUUUAUACCGUAAACGAUCUGGCCACCGAAGAAGUGUCUUGUGUUUACAACAGCCUUGAUGCACAAGCGUACGUCCUUACAGAAAACGUCACACCAGAUCAUAAAAGAAGGAUUCGUGAGUUACCUUACUUUUUCCCGUACCACAUCAUUUAUUUGGGCUCUCUCAUGCCAUCAUUACGAAAGUAA